UACAGAUUGAGUUAGUCAAUAAAAAUUGCGCAGGGAACGGUUUCGGACUUGUUUAAUUUUCUCACAAAUAGGACGUAGAUUUUUUUUUUUUUAUUACGUUACGUCCUGAGAAAGACCUUUAAAAUUUGAUACAUUCGAAAAUUUGAAGAAUGUGGACCCACCAAGCAGUAGGUAACGCCGAGGCGAACAUGAUGAUGACACCCUCCUGCUGCCAGUGGCCGACCUUGUGCUGGUCCGUACUGAAAUGUAUUUCGGUGGUGCGGGUUUUGGGCAUGGACCGUCAUUUGUUUCUAUGGCUCUCGCUCACAUCGUUGGCGAUGUCGAUAGCCGUUGCCGCACAGCUGCACAAGCGUAAGGAACGUAGGAUGCAGGCAGAUAGAAUAUUGGAACAGGAACGAGAUCAACGGCUCUACGAAUUGAGCAUGGACAAUUUGCUUUCAACCAUGGACAUAGAGCAGAUUCGCGAGCCUUCCGAUAGUACAUGGAGCGACAUGAAGAGUUCGCCAGAGUUUUCGCAGCUAAGCCUCAGAAGGUCACUUUCAUUUAGCAGUAAUCCGAAAAAGAGCUUCAAGGAAGCAUCGACUGACUCCACUUCUCUGAAGCAUACUUCAUUGGUCAGUCAGUAUACACAAACGGUGGCGACCAAGCGUAACCGCUUGGCUGCCAACCCAAACAACAGAGUCAAGCAAUUGACUCAGCUGCCGACCAACGAGCGACGAAAGUUCGCUCAGCAGCUAAACGACAUUAUCGAACGUAGCAAAAAGACUCCGAUCUGGCGUCACUAAUUGACAGAUAAGGCUAGAAGAACUUGUUUAGAUUUUGAUUCACUUUUUUUUUCUUGAUAGACAGUUGAAAUUUUGCAUAUUCCAGAUAUUAUAGUUAAGAGACUUCAAUGUAUUAGAUUUUAAAAGAAUAAAA